AUGAAGUCUAUGCAUUGUUCCGACUCCGAGAGCGUCGAGGGGUCCUCCAGUUUUUCCGAGGAAAGUGCUGAUUCUGCAAGGCGGUUGCUCUCUCGCUUCUAGCCAUGAAUCAAAACACUGCGCCGAAGCUUGUCUGAUCGUGAGUCUCUCUGUCUAGCGCCGUCGCUUCUGCUGCUCCUACCUGCGACAGCGAUUAGUGCCGCUGCAGUUGUAGUUUCACGAAAGUAUCAGCUGAGUGGUUGAGUGGAAGUGUCUGACCGAAGUACGAAAAGGGGCGCAAGAAGUGCAACGUCGGGUAGCCAGAGUUUACCAAGCCAUGUCUGGUGCUCUUUCCAGCAAACUAACCCAAACUGUCUCCUCCCGCGGCGGCCAGCGUGGUCUGCAGUGUGGGCUCGAUGCUUUCUCGUCUUCAAGCAGGACAUCACUUCGAGCCACCUCCAUCUCCUCCCGCGCAGCAGCAACGACCACUACAAGCCACCAGUUUACCCAGAGCGCGAACAUGUCAACCCACCGUGUGGCGAUUUUGGGUUUCGGUACGGUGGGGAAGGGUUUCGUGGAGAUUAUCAAGAAGAAGAACGCGAUGCUCCAGCAGAAAUUCGGCCUGGACGUCCAGGUUGUCGCGGUGUCGGACUUCAACAAAGGCUCCGUGUACGCUCCGGACGGACUGAACCUGCCGGAACUGCUGGAAUGGGACGCCGCGGGGAAAAGUCUGAACGAUUUCGGAAAGGACAAGGGAUACAAGCACGAAAUGGACUCACUGCAGACGUGCAAGGUAUAGAAGAGGCACACGAAACAGAAAUUACCAAGAAUUUUACGCAUGCAAAUGAGUAGCAUCCAUGAGUGCAACAUUGAACGAGAAGGGGCAGCCUUGUUUUUUGAAUUCCGUCAGGACGUCGCGUGUGACAGUCUCCUCGAAAUGACCUUCACGAACUUGGACGACGGGACGCCGGCGAUUUCUCACGUCGAAACGUGUUUACAAAACGGAAAAAACGUCAUAACGACCAACAAGGGGCCAGUCGUCUUCGCCUACGACGAAUUGGACGCCCUCGCAAGGAAAAACGGGCUGCGAUUCAUGAUUGAAGGUAUUAAUCAAGAGGCUUCAGAAGAUCGCACAAGAGGCCGCUUACACAUGAGGCUGUUCACCUUGAUAGUUCCACCUUUUGGUAGUGGUGCUCCUGCCCCUCUAACAACAUAAUUCUUGUGCUUGGCCUUCAUCAUGAUAACACCAAAAAUAGCCUGAAACCCACUCAACAACUCAGGAUCCAUCGUCAGUGGCACCCCGGUCGUGAGUCUGAUGCGAAACCUCCCGGCCUGUGAGUACACAGAGAUUGGCGGGAUUCUGAAUGGGACGUGCAACUACAUGCUUUCUUCGAUGGAGUUCGAUGGCGUGGAAUACGACGCCGCUCUGAAAGAGGCUCAGCGCCUCGGCUACGCCGAGGCCAAUCCGAGUUUCGAUGUGGGCGGUGGCGACGCACGGGCGAAGGCAAUUAUUCUCUGCCGCAUGUUGAAAGACCCGUUUCCGACCGACAAGAUCGAGUUGGAGGUAAUAGCGCACUUUGACCUUUUUUGUAGAAACAGGAACUCGAAUUAUGCCUUUCCAUAGCAAAUCCAAAUCACCCUGAGCUUGCGUCUCCGUCGCAGGUGACGACUACUACCAGGUGGAUAUAGAAAGAUUAGCUCUACUCCUGAACAAGUGAGCAGGGGCGGCCCCUGUAGUCAUGCUCGUCAUGACAAUGCAUUCCAUUUUCAUGAUGCGCUCAAUUCUGAUUCUCUUUCCAGGGUAUCGAGGGCGUCACCAAGGCAAUGGUGGACGAGGCCAAGGCGAACGGGAAGCGGUACAAGCUGGUCUCCACGUUGAAAUUCGACUCCUCGACGCAGAAAAUUUCCAGCAUCGCCGUCAAACCCACACUGCUGGACGUGAAAACGGACGCCCUGGCCAACGUCGGGGGUGCGUUGAACGCUUUGAACUUCAAAACCGACAUGCUCGGCCCAGACUUGACCAUCAUUGGGCCGGGCGCGGGGAAGAUCGAGACGGGCUAUUCACUCUUCACCGACCUGAUGUACCUCUGUAACCUCGGGAAGUCGUUUCCUUAAGAACCGCGAAAUGCAGGUCGUAUUGCUGCGUAGUCACUUCGUCAUCAAAUCGGAGAUUUGGAUUUCUAAUAUGGUCGCAGUAACUACGGAAUCUUUCUACGAAGUUUACGACAGUGCGACGAGAAGGUGGUUGGCCUUUGAUUCAUUUUCUCUGUCUCUCCCUCUCUCAUAAUUUAAAUUUUUGGUUUCUUGCUUCAUCUAUGGAAAUCGCCUCUCCUUAUAUUUUUGGAAAUCACAGUCGGUGACUGUGAUUUCCGUUCUUUUAUUUGUAUGCACAAGAACUACUUCUUGCUGAUUCGAUUAAGAAACCGCUCCUGGUACCGGAGACUCACUUCUUCUUCGCAGCCAAAAUUGCGACAGCGCCAGGCUUUACUUUUUCAACAAAGUUUUACUUUUUUUGCCCAUUUUGCAACGCUCGAGUGGUGUAAACAAAAUGAUAUCUUUCAACUACGUGACUGUCGCACUGGUUGUAGCUUGGCUGCGUCUAAAAAAUAAAUUACGAGUGCUAACACUGCAGCUGUGGAGGCACAGAUGCACUACGCAAAAUCAUGCAUCUGUGCUUUCUUUUUUGCCCAGUAGUGUCCUUUCCAGUGAUAGUGAAUUAUCGUGUGUAAAUAAAGCGGCUUUCCCACCGACUUUUUGUUUUCGUUUUCUGCACAGCAGAGCAGGUAUCCUAGCUAGUAGUGGAAAAGGACAAAGCUAAGCGGGGCCAUUGUGGAUAUCGAAAUCGAUAUUGCUAAUUAGCAUUACAGAAAUGCAUGCGCUCUUUUCGGCUGGCACUUCAUCUUCAUAUUGUGCUCCGGGGGUGACUGCAAGAACACGCGAAACAAGAACGCGAACUGGUAUUAGAACAACUUGUUCGCAAUUUGAAAGCCACCACGGUACCUGGACAAAUAUGAUAAACUG